UAUGUGGAUAUUUGGUAAAGGAGAGUGAUUUCUCAAUGAUGGGGGUGUGUCCAGAGGGAGAGAGGAAUAUAAGAGGACAUCGCAUCCUAGAGGUCUUCACAGCAUCUUGAAUCUUGCCUGUUCUUCAUCUUCAUCUUCUUCACUUGUUGAGGUCAACCACCAACUCAAGAUGCCUCAGACCCAAAUGGAAAGAGCUUUGGAGGACAUCAUCAACCAAUUCCAUGCAUUUUCUGCACGCGUUGGGCAUUUUGACACCCUCACCAAGAAGGAACUGUCUCAGCUGAUUCACAAGGAGUUUCCCAACUGGUUGAAGGAUCAAAAGAACCCCAAGGCAAUUGAAGAAUUGUUCAAGAAGCUGGACCAAAACAAGGAUCAACAACUCUCCUUUGGAGAAUUCAUGGUCUACGUCUGCCAAGUGGCCAUUGCUACUCAUGAGCACAUCCACCACGAACACCCCCACGACCACGACCACGACCACACACACGGCCACUAAGUGCCUUAAAGAUGGCCAAGAAGUCUGGAGAAGCAACCGAUCUUCUCUGAUGGUCCCCGAAAAGGGCUGCUGAACAGCUUGUGAAAAUAAAGUUAAAGUUCCAAAGA